AUGUUAAACCUAGAAGUCGAUAGCUCCAAAUCCAUCGACUUCAAAAUCAGCGAAGAAGCCACAACCCUUAGUCAUGGUAAUAAAGCCACGAAGAUUUCCAAAAAGAUUGUGGAUGGAAAGAUGACGAUAAACCUAGAGGUGGCUAGCUCCAAAAGCAUCGACCUUAGGAUCGAUCAAGUCAUGCAGAUUUUUGCAAAGAAUUUGGUUGGAAAGACCAUUGUCAUAAACGAUGUGGCCAGCUUCGACACCAUUGACAACUUCAAGGCCAAGAUCCAAGACAAGGAAGGUAUCCCACCGGACCAGCAGAGAUUGAUCUACUCUGGAAAGCAGCUUGCGGAUGGUCACACCUUGGCCGACUACAACAUUCAGAAGGACUCGACCCUUCACUUAGUACUGCGUCUGAGGUAG